UCCCACGCCACCCUCCGGAGAAGCCGCUCUUCGCUCUACUCGCCCGAGCAUCCAGGAGAAGCGCCUUCUCGGUUCCUUGCGAUCCACACCUCGAGCCUCAUAAUGGUUUCGCUCCGGAGACGGCCUGCAUCCUUCUCGAUAGCGUGCGUCUUCGUCGUCUUGUUGGUGGCCGAAACAUUCGUAGCCGCCUACGCGGACUUCAACGGUGAGCGUGACAUGCGUGACCUGGUCGAGCUGCUGCUGAAGAACGAACAGGAGUCGCAGCUCAGCCACACCAUGGAACGCAAGGGAGGCCGCUCGCCGUCGCUGCGCCUGCGCUUCGGUCGUCGCUCGGACCCAGCCUGGAGCGACACCCUGCACCGCUUCCUGACGGCAGGCAACGCUGGGGGAGACUCCGGCCACUCCGCACCGGCCGCCUAAAGGCCUACACGGACCAUGUGCAUCGGCAACGGGCAGCGCGGAGCGCGACUUCCGGUUCUCCGCGCGCUGAACGCCGUCCUGCUCGCACCAGUCCCCUUUGACUCCGGACCGUGCAGCCGGGCCAAGAAAGAAGCGUCCGGGGCAGUCUUCUGCAAGUCUUUAACACGCCUGAAUGUGCUGUAAAUUUGUCGACAAAAUUUUGCUAGAACACAUCUGAAUGCUUACUUGCGUUAUGCUUUUGAGGAGUGUCUUCGCAAACUUUUUGAGAUGUUGCCGCGCCCGUUGAGUUCUUAUCCGAAGAACUGUAAAUCAUUCACCGGCCACGUGUAUUGGGAUUCAUAGAAUAAAUUGCUGGUUGUACGUUGGA